UGCCACUUGCCUGAUAGGUAGCGUCGGGUUUGCAGUGCAACGGAAGGCGCGCAGCAGGUCGCGCGCAUCUAGGCAUACUCUGCGUGGUGUUGUCAACGGUUGCAGCAAUGGCUUGCCUAGCAAUCAGUUGUAUCCUGCUCAUGCUCUAUGUACUCUUCGAUGUCGGUUAUUUCAUACGUAUUGCGUUCGUCAUAGCCGUGGGGAGGCUAUUUCAGCGAAAAGUGAAGGUGCUGGAGUCCACAUCCACCUACGGCAUAGUGACGACCCAGGACGUGGACAUCUUCCUGCGGUUCAUGAACAACGCGCGCUACGUACGCGAGCUGGACUUCGCGCGCUUCCACUUCUACGACCGCACGGGACUCUACUCGGAGAUCGUGCGACGCAAGGGCCACGCGCUGCAAGGCGCCACCACCGUGCGAUACCGCCGUAUCAUGCCGCUGCUCACCGUCUACCGCAUCGACACCAAGCUGAUCUACUGGGAUGAGAAGAGCAUCUACCUGGAACAGCAGUUUGUAACACCACGGGAUGGCUUUGUGCGUGCUGUGGUGCUGAGCCGACAGAAUGUGGUGGGCACUGAUGCGCGCGUCAUGAUGCGCGACCUGACACAGUGCGAAGCUCCGCCACCACCACCGAAGGAUCUGGAGCUGUGGUUGGAAGCUAUGGAUGCGUCUAGGACGCGCCUGAGACCUGAAGAUGCCUCCAAGAAAGACUGAGUAGUCUCCUAGUGUUGCUACCACAUAUUUUUUAGUUGGUGUUUUAUUAAUGUAACUACAACAUAUCACUGUAUCAAAACUUCAAACAUUUGUACCAUGGAAAUUAAUAAAAAUUUGUAUCAAUA